GAGGUGGCCAUGUUGUUGUCUUUGUGUAAAGGAGUGGAGUUCGGUCUCACAUCACUCUUCUCCCCCCGAGUCCUUUCGAAACUCUUCCCCCCUGGGUUUCUACCCUCCCGAACCUCUCCCCUUCUACCCUUACAACCCCAACCCGUCCCCCGAUCACUUUCCAGCCUACGACCCGGAUCAUCACUGUGAUCAAAGACCCCCGUGCCCCCAAGUUCAGAAGACCCACGCACGUCAGCUACAGCUAUGGACUCCGGUGUGAUUGAAGGAGGGCUCAAUGUCACCCUUACCAUCAGGCUGCUCAUGCAUGGCAAGGAAGUUGGCAGUAUCAUUGGAAAGAAAGGCGAAUCUGUGAAGAAGAUGAGAGAAGAGAGCGGGGCACGGAUCAACAUCUCUGAGGGCAACUGUCCCGAGAGGAUCAUCACUUUGGCCGGGCCGACCACCGCCAUCUUCAAAGCCUUCUCCAUGAUCAUUGAUAAACUGGAAGAGGAUAUCAGCAGCUCGAUGACAAACAGCACAGCCACCAGCAAGCCCCCAGUGACUCUCCGCAUCGUGGUGCCCGCCAGCCAAUGUGGCUCCCUCAUUGGCAAAGGUGGCUGCAAGAUUAAAGAAAUCCGAGAGUCAACCAGUGCUCAGGUCCAAGUGGCAGGUGACAUGCUGCCCAACUCCACGGAGCGCGCCAUCAGCAUAGCUGGCACGCCCCAGUCUAUUAUCGAGUGUGUCAAGCAGAUCUGUGUGGUCAUGCUCGAGUCUCCCCCGAAAGGCGUCACAAUUCCCUACCGACCCAAACCUUCAGGAUCUCCUGUCAUUUUCGCAGGCGGACAGGCGUAUGCCGUACAAGGACAACACGCCAUUCCACAGCCAGAUGUAAGUGAAGUAUCUGCUUCUUCUUCCUCUGCUGCUAUCUCUCCACAGCUCACCAAGCUUCAUCAGCUGGCUAUGCAGCAGAGCCCCUUCCCCAUUGCACACAGCAACCAGGGAUUCACUGGGAUCGACACUUCAGCUCAGACCAGUUCUAAUGAGAUGAAAAUUCCAAACGAGCUCAUCGGCUGCAUCAUCGGCCGCCAGGGGGCUAAGAUCAACGAGAUCAGACAAAUGUCAGGCGCCCAGAUCAAGAUCGCAAACCCGGUGGACGGCUCCACCGACCGACAGGUGACCAUCACGGGCUCGCCUGCCAGCAUCAGCUUAGCAGAGUACCUCAUCAACGCCAGUGUAGAGUCCUCUAAACCUCCUCCUCCUCCUCCCUCCUCCUCCUCUUCUUCCUCCUCCUUGAACCCCGAACCGAGCAGCCCGUGCCCUUCCUCCACCUCUACUACCACUGCUACUACUACUAGCACCUCCUCUGCUUCCUCCUCCUGUGUGGUGCCCCCCUCAGCCUCCAUCCCUCUGUCCUUGUUGCCUCCUGGGCCUCCUCCUCCUUCUUCCUCCACUUCCACCACCACCACCUCCUCCUCCGACCCCUCUCCUGCCUGUGUGUCCAGUCUCCUCACACUCAAGCCCUUGCCUCUGCUGGCCCUCCAUGUUGUCAGCGGGGCCGCCAACCCCGAGUCCAAAAUGGCCCCCGAGCUGGGCUCCAAGUCCAAGCGGCGACGGCUCUCCCCUUACUAACGCAUCCAAUAUCUACACCUGCUUUGGCCACGCGCACUAAACACACACGCACACACAAAAUACACACACCACUUUGCAAAAUUUCUGGUAAGUUUAAGGUAAAUUUCCAUGGAAAGGUAAGAUGGGAAAUUUUGGAAUUAACUGUAUGGAGAGUCAUUUAAUGGAACGAUAUCUUUCAAGGUUCAAUAUAAACAUUUACUUUUGUCAUAAGAAGACAUAUGUGCAAAAGAAUGCAAUUAAAAAGCAUGACAUUUCAACUGAUUUGUAUGAUAAGAUCACGUUUUAAAUAUUUCAUUGAACAAUCAAUUCUUCUGUUGAAGAACAAAAACCAUAAAGAACAAAAUCAUGCUGCUAUACUGUUUAUAAUAUUUAGUAUACUGAUUUUAUUCAGUGUCUAACAGUGAUGGACUUGUUUGCACUGUGCUGUUUUAUGUCGUGUAAUUAUUAUUUUUUUUUUGGGGUCUACCUGCCCAGGAGCAACAUAUGCAAAUUGGCUUACGCUGGUCCAAUUUCUGUUAAUUGUGCAUUGUCCUUGAAUGAAUGUUGAGGUAAAUACAGAAGUGGGUAGGAGUAGCUCUUAAUUUAGAAUAUGACAUGACUCAAAACAUUACCUGAGUAAAUAUUCAGUGAAAAAAGUAGAAGUGGUCUGGAACUUCUGAUUUCAGCACAUGAAUGUCCAAUAGAAAAUAUAAAAUUAGUAAUGUGCAAAUUCAGAUAUUCCCAACUAUAUCACUAACUUAAUAUUGUUUAUUUUGUUAAAAUUAUAAAAUGGCAUUCAUUAUCGGCCUUUUCACACUGACAGCGCGCGGCGUCGACGCUCCCGUUCAUUGUGUAUGCGCUGACGGGGCGGUACCGCAGAAUGCUGCGGCAAGUGCAGAGGGCGACUGAAGCGACGCGCCCUCAAAUGGGAAAAAAAAAUUAGAUUCUGGAGCGUCGUCACGCCGACGUCACACAGCGCCUCCAAUAUGAAGAGGGGCUGGCGGAGUGAUUUCUGUGAACGGCAAGGGGAAAAUGGGAGGAAGUCCUAAUUCUCGCUAUUCCGAGUCGUCCCUGCGAAAGGCUUAAAAACUGCUCAGUAUAAAAUACACCUCGCGAAGCGCUCCUCGUGGAACUAUAGCUCUCGAAUGAGCUUAAUUUACAGAUCAUACCGUGAAAUUAGUAUAGGAUGUACCCAUUCCCCCCCCCCCCCCCCCCCUUUUUUUUUCCCCAGCGUGACGUCCUUCUAAGCAAAGCCAGGGCCUUCUGUUGCAAUUAUGAAAAAUUCAUAUUGCUGAGUUCUUCCUUGUGGGCUGCUGUGUCAGCACUUUUAAAUUUGAGCACGGUUGGCAUUUGCCGCACCGGAGUGCUGUUGUCCUUGUGCGCUGCCACGCGGAAAUUUGGCACUGAGCAAGUGCGGUGUGAAAAGGCCACAAGUAAUGGUCUUAAAUUAACUGUACUUGCUGUCAUGUGACAGUCCGGCUCCAUUUGAUUGGUGAAAGAGUCAUGUGACAGCGCAUGACGCAGAAGUCUCUGAUAAAGCAAAACAAAUGGAUAAUGCAAACAAAAACAGAUAAAAAUAAAAGUAGCUACUAGUGAGCGGAAUGGCGCUCAUUGUAAUGGAGUAAAAGUAGCAUUUAUUCAGGAAAAAACUACUCAAGUUAAAUGAAAGGGUGUUGCAUUACAACUACUCUGGCAGGUACAAUGUAACUGGUUAAAUAUUACCCACGCCCCUGACCCAAUCCAUUUGAAAUUUAAAAAUGCCCCCCAUUCCAAAAAUACCAACAAAGUCACAUUGAAAACAUUAAAAAAAAAAGCCCCUCUUCCUCCCCAAAAAGUCCCCUUCAACAUGUCAAAAAAAAAUAAAAUCUUCUCAUUGCCUCUUCAUUUUUGCUAAACCCUUCAAGUCAAUAGGCUCGUCAUAAUCAACUGUACUUGCAUGAAAUCUUAUUCUAGUCAGGAUUAUCCCCAACUAUAUUUAAAUUUCCUAUUAAGAGUUAACCUUCAAUUUAGUUAAUUCCUGGAUUCCCAAAAAUUCCCAUGGAAAGUUUACAACUUUGAAAAUUCCCAGAAUUUUGCAACCCUUCGCGCACACACACACACACGCACGCCCGCAAUUUGCCAUAUUUACUCUAUUGCCUGUCAAGUGUGCGGAUUAUUCCCAUUCUAAGUGAUUUGCAUGCAGAGCGGAUGCGUCCGCUGAAGCCUCUUUCCUCUUUGUGUGUGUAAGCUGUGCUCAGGUAACGGCUCUUUCUCCCAAGAUGAUGUCACACGCGCGCUAGUGAUUUGUUUAGGUGUCACCACAGCGACAGCGAGUGCUAUUUGUUCAUAAAGGAGCUUUAGUCUGCGCUCAGGUAUACACAACAUUAAUUCAAGUUGAGCUUUGACUUUUUUGGGGGGGGGGGGAUAAAGGGGGAGGUCGCUGGAUGUUUCUAUGAUGCUUAUUUCUAUCAUUAUUUCAAUUAGUCUGUAUUCCUCAACAUUAGUCCACUGACUCCCAUUGGCCACUUUCUCUAGGGGUCUAUGCACCCGAGACAUUGUGUAGGUACAUGUGUCUGUAUGUCAUUGAUUGGCAGCAUAUUUUUAUGUUUUGUUUUUGUGGGAGGUGAAGCCUGGUUUCAUGGGAGUUGGCCCAGUGUUGCACUGAUGUAUCAGGAUAAGUGCUGAGUGCCCCCUGCAUGUCUAACUUGGAACUAAACAUUGAUUUUGACCAUUAUCUGCCUUUUCUGUUUCUGCAAAUAACUUAAAAUUGAGUUAGCCCACUCUAGUUCCGAAUGGGUCAGAUGUACUUAAACCACUGUAAAAGGGGACUAAAUAAAAGUAAAAUGAUGUAAAUCUGCUCCCUCUUUGAAGAUGCCAGACAAACACAUAUUAUAUAAAGAAAUAAUGUAGAAAUGAAUUCAUCUGUAAAGUACCAUGAUUGUGUUGGGUAACAUUUGAAAACAUUGUCAUGUGUAAAAAAUGUAAAGGAAGCAAGCCACUUUCUAUUAAAACUACAAAAAAGUAAAACUAUGAACCUUUUGUUGAUGCCUGACGCAUAAGAGAAUGAACAGGAAGGUGUUGUUCUAAUGUAUUUACAGUAUUGUACAGCCGUACCUUAAGAGUUUAAUUCAUUCCUUCACCACAAUUGUAACGUAAAGCAUUAGGGCUCCAACUAACGAUUAUUUUAAUAAUCGAUUAAUCUGUUGAUUUGUAUUUAUUGAUUUAUUCCCCCCGAUUAAUCAUCGAUGAAUCAAACUUUAUUUAUUAAAAACCAGGACAUUAUUUCAAAUUGACAGUGCAGAAAAUGCACAAAAAUUGUUUAUGGUUCAGUUGCUGGUUUGGUCAGAAAAAAAGGCAAAAAUAUUCAUUGUUUUCCAAAGUAAAAGCACAUGUAUGCAAACUUAUUUUGAUUAAACACAAAGAUAAUUUGUCUGCAAACAUGGACUACAGAAAUCUGUACCAGUGUGGCCUUCACAUGCUGGCAGUGUUUUACAAAUGUUUUUUUUCACACCGCGUACUCCUUUCAACUUUUCAGUAGUUGGUGCACCUGCCCUCAAUAAAAUGUCAAAACAAA